GAAGACAAAUGGCCGUACAUGCGGCCGGUGGUGCUGAGUUUGUUGAAGCAGGAACGCGUCACACCAUCGGAAUGGCAGGAACUGUUUUACGCAGUGCAUCUCGUGUGUCUUUGGGACGACAAGGGCCCGCUAAAGAUACACGAAAGUCUCCAACAGGACAUUGUGGCUUACAUCAAACAGGCACAGUGUCGCGUACUAGCACAACGGGAAGAGCAAGCUCUCCUGAAGGCCUACAUCGUAGAGUGGCGUAAAUUCUUCACGCAAAGCAACUAUCUACCAUUACCCUUUACAAAGCUGGAAAAUUGUUUGCAAAGCAAGGGUAGCAGCUCCUCCUCAGUAUCAUCCAGUAAUUCAUCGAAAAAACCCAACCACGCCGAGGAUUCCAUCGUGCGGAAGUUGAUGCUUGACUCAUGGAACCAGAGCAUAUUCAUGAACAUCAAGCACCGGUUGCAGGAGUCCGCCAUGAAGUUGGUACAUGCGGAAAGGAACGGCGAAGCGUUUGAUUCGCAACUGGUGAUUGGGGUGCGCGAAAGCUACGUUAACCUGUGCUCGAACACGGAAGACAAACUGGAGAUCUACAGGGAGAACUUUGAGGCCGCCUAUCUACAGGCAACAUCCGCCUUCUAUCGGUUGAAGGCGAGCGAGCAGCUACAAACGAACGGAGUGAAGAGCUUCAUGGAGUACGCAGACGCCAAGCUGCGCGAGGAGGAAGCACGAGGAGAGCGAUACCUCGAGCCUGGUAGUAUCACUGCGCUUGGCCAGUGCUGUGUAACGGUGCUGAUAGGAGACCAUCUGCCCACCUUGUUGGCGGAAUGUGCUCCGCUGAUCGAAGCACGUGAAACCCAACGUCUGCAGUUGAUGUUUCGCCUACUGGAUCGCGUUGCCGGUGGUGUUGAUCCCAUGUUGCGCGACCUGGAAAACCACAUUGUCCAAGCCGGACUGGCCGACAUGGUCGCGGCGGCCGAUAUUAUUACGCAGGAUUCGGAAAAGUACGUUGAGCGCCUUUUGAAAUUGUUCCGUCGGUUCAGCGAUUUGGUGAAGGAAGCGUUUAACGACGAUCCGCGUUUCUUGACGGCGCGCGAUAAGGCAUUCAAGACGGUCGUGAAUGACAUAACGCUGUUCAAGCUGGAGUUGCCCACCUCAAACACUGCGAUGGCGCGUGGCAUUAAGACUUCCACGCCUGAAUCGAAGUGUCCCGAGCUGCUAGCCAACUACUGUGAUAUGCUGCUACGGCGGACACCGUUCAGCAAGCGGCUGACCACCGAGGAGAUUGAAUCUCGCCUGAAGGACGUACUAUUGGUGCUCAAGUAUGUAAGCAAUAAGGAUGUCUUUAUGCGGUAUCACAAGGCACACCUCACCCGCAGACUUAUUCUUGACUCUAGUGCGGACAGCGAAAAAGAGGAGGAUAUGGUAGAAUGGUUACGAGAGGUCGGUAUGCCUGCGGAUUAUGUGAAUAAGUUGGCUAGAAUGUUUCAGGAUAUUAAGGUUAGUGAAGAUUUGAAUACUCAAUUUCGUUCGCAAACAACACGUCACGAUGCGAUAAAUAUUAAAAUUCUCAAUGCCGGUGCUUGGGCUCGAGGAUCCGAGCGUGUCUCGGUGAGCUUACCACUAGAGCUGGAAGACUACAUUCCGGAGGUGGAGGAAUUCUACAAGAAAAAGCAUUCUGGUCGCAAACUGCAGUGGUACCAUCAUAUGAGCAACGGUACGAUAACGUUUGCUAACAACACCGGCCGGUUCGAUCUGGACGUGACCACAUUCCAGAUGGCGGUACUGUUUGCGUGGAAUCAGCGUCCGAAUGAAAGGGUUUCGUACGAAAACCUUCGCCUUGCAACGGAGCUGCCCGAUCCGGAGCUACGACGGACACUCUGGUCCUUGGUAGCCUUUCCUAAAUUAAAACGUCAGCUACUAGUGUACGAACCCACCAUUGGCAACCCGAAGGAUUUCACCGAAAACACCCUGUUCUGGGUGAAUCAGGAAUUUGCAAUCAUUAAAAACGGAAAACCACAACGACGGGGUAAGGUAAAUCUAGUAGGCCGGCUGCAGCUGAGCACGGAACGGUCCCAGCAAGAGGAUAAUCAAUCGAUCGUGCAGUUGCGAAUAUUACGGACCCAGGAAGCGAUCAUAAAAAUCAUGAAAAUGCGGAAACGACUCAGCAAUGCCGCGCUCCAGGCUGAACUAGUCGAUAUACUUAAAAACAUGUUCCUGCCAUCGAAGAAAAUGAUCAAGGAGCAGCUGGAAUGGUUGAUAGAGCAUAAGUAUAUGCGAAGAGACGACGAUGAUAUCAACACCUUCAUCUACAUGGCGUAAGAGAGGAAUGUGAUGCAUUCGAGGGCAGCUUCCGGGAUAGCAUUAACAAUUUCAUUCAAUGACUGAACAUAAGGGUAGGCGUACGAUAUGAAGAAAACCUACAUCUAUACACAGGCAUAAACAAAAGUAUCUUCAACAGACCGAAAUGGAUAGGGAAUAAUCGCUACCAUGCGCAAGAUAGCAGCAUUUUAUUAGUGAUUUAAUUUGUUGUUGAUUUAUCUCUCACCACACAUGUUCACCAACCUAAAUACAGGUGAAUAAAUGGGGCAUUGUGU